CGCCCGACUCGAUAACGUGCCGAUCGCUUCGCAUAAAUUGAGUGCGGGGACGGCUUCCGCUUCUCCUUUCUUCUCUUCACUUAACCCUUCUGCGCUCUCUUCCCAAGACACAUUAUUACCAUCAUGUCAGUCGAACACACCCCUAUCAGCUCUAUCCCAAAGAUUGUUGCCGACAUGCGUGCUUCUUUCCUCACCCAUCGCACCCAGUCCCUCGAUUUCCGCAAGGAGCAACUGCGGGCAUUGGUUCGAGGCGCAACCGAGUGUACGGACGAGUUAGUAGCGGCCAUCCAAAGCGACUUGGGCCGCACCAAGGACUUUGAGGUCCCAAGCUUCAUCAAGGCCACCAACUCUACUAUUGAUAACCUCGAGGCCUAUACGCAGAACCAAUCCGCGAAGGGUCUCAAGGAGGGAGAUGAUUGCUACGUUCGUCUAGCACCUCUAGGCACGGUACUCAUCAUUGGCACUUGGAACUUCCCCAUCAACCUGGUUCUUGCACCAUUGGUAGGAGCCAUUGCGGCUGGGAAUACGUGCGUUGUUAAGCCCUCCGAGGUGGCCCCCCAUUCCGCUGUGGCUCUGACUAAACUCCUCACCAAAUACAUGGACCCCGGAGUUGUCACUGUCGUCAACGGAGGCAGUGACGAGACGACAGAACUGCUCAAGGAGCGCUUCGAUCACAUUUUUUAUACUGGAAGUACUCCGAUUGGCAAGGUGAUUAUGGCUGCCGCUGCCAAGCACUUGACGCCUGUCACCUUGGAGCUGGGUGGCAAAAGCCCAACAAUCAUCACGGAACAGACAAACCUUCCCAAGGCUGCUCAGAGAAUCGCGUACUGGAAAACGCUCAAUUGUGGGCAGGUUUGCCUGUCGGUCGACUAUGUCAUUUGCCCCAAGCACUUGCAGGAGGAACUGAUUAAAAAUAUUAUUGGCGUCUGGCGACACCUCUUUGGGCCUGACUUCAAAGCUUCGCCGAAUUACCCCAAGAUCAUCAACAAGCGUCAACAUGAAAGACUGGAGAAGCUACAAAAGGCGGUCAAGGAGCAGAACAAGGUCGUGUUUGGCGGUAAAUCGGAUCCAGAGACGCUGUUUAUGGAGCCGACCAUCGUUACGGAUGUAUCACUCCAGGAUGACAUCAUGAAGGACGAGAUCUUUGGACCGAUUCUGCCUUUUAUUGCGUGUGAUGAUUUGAGCGGUGCGAUCGACAUCAUCAACAAGCAGGAACACCCACUGUGUCUGAACAUCUUUACGGAGAAUAAAGAGGAGAUCGAGAGAGUGUUCAGAGAGACGCGCUCUGGUUCUUACAAUGUCAAUGAUGUCGCAGCUGUUUACACAAAUCACUCGUUGCCAUUCGGAGGCGUUGGCCAUUCUGGCAUGGGAAGCUACCACGGCAAGUUCUCGGUCGAGACCUUUUCUCACAAGCGCUCUGUCACCGUCCGCUCCCAGGCGCACCUGUAAACUAGUUCGAUACAUCGAAGCAUAUUACUGGCAUAAAGUAUUUAUGCAAGCGUUUCUGC